GUGUAAAAUCUGAACAAACUAAGAAAAAAUAGAAGGAAGAGGUUUUACUAGGGUUUUCACAAUUAACAAAGAGGAAGAAAAUUUAAGCGCACUAGAACUGCAGAGAACUCCGGAGCACGAAAAUGGCGACCAUUUGGAAAACCAACGCCGCAAGAAACGCAGUGCGUUGUUUGAGCCAAUCGUUGGCUUCUACUAGCCGCACUCCUUCAAUUCCCUCUCGCACUCCUUCAAUUCCCUCUCAUUUCUCCUCCGUUCGAUAUCUCCGCACAGGUCGCGAUCCUAGUUCCAGGACAUAUGAGAUUAUUCCACCGGUGAAUUGGGGGAUUCGGAUUGUGCCGGAGAAGAGGGCGUUUGUGAUUGAACGAUUCGGGAAGUACGUUAAGACUCUUCCAUCUGGAAUCCAUUUUUUGAUUCCUCUUGUUGAUCGUAUCGCUUAUGUGCAUUCCCUCAAGGAGGAGGUUAUUAACAUCCCUGAUCAGAGUGCAAUUACCAGGGACAAUGUCACCAUCCUCUUCGAUGGUGUGCUUUACGUCAAGAUUGUGGAUCCUAAGCUCGCGUCUUAUGGGGUGGAGAAUCCCAUUUAUGCUGUCAUUCAGCUGGCACAAACGACAAUGCGUAGUGAGCUUGGUAAGAUUACCCUUGAUAAGACAUUUGAGGAAAGAGACACACUCAAUGAAAAAAUUGUGGAGGCCAUUAAUGUGGCUGCAAAAAGUUGGGGUCUGGAGUGCCUUCGAUAUGAAAUAAGGGAUAUAUCUCCUCCACGUGGAGUGAGGGCAGCUAUGGAGAUGCAAGCAGAAGCAGAAAGAAAAAAGAGAGCACAAAUUCUUGAGUCUGAAGGAGAAAGACAGGCUCAUAUAAACAUUGCUGAUGGAAAGAAGAAUUCAGUGAUCUUAGCAUCAGAAGCUGGGAAGAUUUCAGUGAUCUUAGCAUCAGAAGCUGCGAAGAUGGAUCAAGUUAACAGAGCUCAAGGUGAGGCUGAAGCCAUCCUAGCUAAAGCAAAAGCAACAGCUGAGGGUUUAGCUCACGUCUCAACCGCCCUAAAGGAAAAUGGAGGACCUGAGGCAGCAAGUUUAAGGAUUGCAGAGCAAUAUAUUCAAGCUUUCAGUAACAUAGCCAAGGAGGGCACAACAAUGUUGCUUCCUAGUUCUGCAUCAAAUCCUGCUAACAUGAUGGCCCAAGCGCUUACUAUGUAUAAAAGCCUGCUUGGCAACGUUUCUAGUGAUAAGCAGGGUGGAAAUAUGCCCCUUUCAGUAUCAGCAAAAUUGGAAGGAAAUGAUACCUCGGGGGAGGAGGAGGUUAAAGGCAAGACCUCCACAACUGCCAAUGUAACUAAUGAAAGCCAAGAUUAUCAUGGAAAAUCUGGAUUUUCACUUCAGACCCCACCAAAAAGGGAAUAGUCUUUGAUUUGUAGGAGUUACUAUUUCCAAGAAUUCAAUUUUUUUUAGCUUGUGGAUGUUACAGUAAAUUGAAUUCGGACUUUGGAGAGAAGAAAGCAAAAGAGUUAGGAGGGACUUUGCAUUGCUAGUUAUUGUGGAAUUCAUCACAUGGUACACGUUAUAUUGAUCACUGGACUUUCUUUAAUUCACUUUUUGUGUUUCUUU